UUUGUAUAAUCUCUCCUCAUAAAGCUGAAGUCCAAGUAUCAUUCUUGUAAACCUACAUUUUAGUCUCUGCAAGACCAGUGUGUCCUUCCUAAAGUUUGGUGCCCUGAUCCGCUCUCAGUACUCCAAGUGGGGUCUAACCAGGCUUUUAUAUUAACUUCUGUAUAAUUCGACUUAGUUACCUCGAUAUAACGGCCGGCAUUCCAUCAGCUUUCUUAAUUAUUUUCUGCACCUGUUGGUGGCAUUUUAAAGAUCUGUGCACCUGAACUCCAAAGUCUCUUGGACAUCCAAUAUAUUUAACUUCAUGCCAUCUAGGAAAUACAUGAUCAAUACUUAUUGGUCCCAAAUGGAUAGUGUUGCACCUGUCACACCUGCAUUUGCCAGUUUUGCUCAUUCACCUAAUCGUUUCAGUAUCCCUUUCUGAUUUUAUGCUACCACCUACCCAUAAUCCCUACUUUCUGCUUCCUGCCACUCAAUGAAUUUCCCAACCAUGUCAGUAACUUAUCCUCAAUUCUGUGGGCUUCUGCCUUGGUUAACAGUCUGUUAUGUGGGAUUUUAUCAAAUGGGGUGCCUAGCUGCUGAAGCUACAGCGUAAAACUACUUCCAUGGCAAUCAGCAGAAGAUCAGUGAUCUCAUUAACAUCAGAUCAAAUUUCUGCAGUUCUAUAUGAACGCUGAUAGACAAUUAAAUAUUGAAAGAGGAGGCUCCACAAAUAUCCCUGUCGUCAGUGCUAAGGGAGCCCAAGAUGUCAGAAAUUAGAUUAGAAUUGAAUUAGCAUGACUGGAAGUUCUGAGUGGUCUAGUGGGCUUAAAAGCCAGUAAAAGGGCAAAUCAAAUGCGUCCCAGGCUGUUGAGUGAAGGAGGUGAGGAAACAGCAAGGCUGUUGGCAAUUUCCAACUCCUCUCUGGCCAAAGGAGAGAUGCCAGAGGACUGGUGGUAGCCAAAUGUGGUACUGGUAUUCAAGAAGGGAGCAAGGGAUAAAUCAGGAAGCUAUAGCCAGGCACUCUAACCUUGAUGGUGGGGAAACAAUUGUAGCAAUUCUAAGAGAGAGGAUUGAUCUGCACUUGAAGAGGCAGGGAUUAAUCAAGAACAGCCAGCUGGAUUUAAUGGGAGGUCAUGUUUGACCAACUUGAUUAGAUUUUUCAAAGCAAUAACCAGGUGUGUAGAUAAGGGCAAUACAUUUGACAUAGUCUACUUGGACUUCAGCAAGUCUUUUGACAGCGUCCCACUUGGAAGACUGAUAAUGAAGAUAAGAGCCCAUGGCAUCCAAGGAAACGUGACAGAUUGGAUCCAGAAUCGGCUAAGUGGCGGGAAGCAGAGAGUGAUGAUUGAGGGGUGUUUUUGUCACUGGAAACCCAUGCCCAGUGGUAUCCUGUAUUCAAGGGGCACUCUGCACAGUGAUAACAUGCUCCCUUCUACUGUGUCUGCAUGGCCUACUUGAUUCCCUUUGCCAUUAUCUGCACUGUUUUGCCCAUUGCCUAGAUCCCCAAACAAACCUGGCUGGAAGAUUGUGAACUGUGUGUUGGUGUUUAAAAUCCCUGUGUUUUUAACCAUCUAAGCCUUCCUCCACCACUACCUCUGGACAAACUGCUGGUGGCUAUAAUCAUAAGUCACCAUGAAUUAUUCCCACAAAUGUUUUUCGUUAAGAUUGUGUCUGGUUUGAUUGUAAAUUCACUAAAAAAAAAAAAAAUUUUUAUUACAGAAUGAAGAAAAGGCAGAAAAUGUUGUUGAGGGGAGCUGUGAUAACACCACUGUGCCUGAACCAAUGCAGACACAAACAUCUGGAUCUGCAGAGUCUAAAGACAUUGAAAUGAAUGAAGUGAAUGAUGAGAAAGCUGGGAAGACUCUAAGUGAUCAAACUACAUCAGCUUCAGCAAACCUGACUCAAGGGGUGACACCUACUACAGAGAUAAUGACAAAUACAGCAACAGAGACAACUGCACAGAACCUUGUCACUGCAACCGUCAGUGAAUCAACUGCUGCUCUUAAACCUUCUGUGAUCACUGCAAAUGUGGCAAGUACACCACUCACCACUAAAUCACCAACCCCUGGUGCUACUGAGAUGCCUGCAGAUGCAUCCAUGAAGCCCAUGGCCUCGAAUUCAGCUGGUGCUAAACCAAGUCUGGCCAGCAGAAAUGUACCUUCCAAACCUGUUACUCCCAGUACAACUGCUAAACCACCUUGUAAACUUGCAGCUGCUACAGGCACUGCUAUCAAGCCUGCAGUGCCUUCUGUGAAUGCAGCUGCCAAACCAGCAUCAACUACUUCUGGUGCAACCCCUGUGAAUGUGGCAACUAAGCUGGUCACUUCCAGUUUGGGUACCAAACUGGACCAGACUGUAUCCAGUGCAGUGACAAAACCUUCUCAAGCCACAGACAGUGCGACUGCCAAGUCUACUGCAGCUGGGGUGAAUGUUACCUCAAAACCUGCACCAACUCCUACCAGCAAACCAGGCCAAUCAUCUGUGCAAACAGCCUCUAAACCCAUGCCAAUUACCAGUAAUGCCACCCCUAAGCCCGCUGUUUCUAAUGCUUCUGCCAGUGUAGUAACAAAACCAGCGUCAACCCCCAGUGAUGUAGCAAGUAGCCCUAGCAACUUAAGUGGAACAACUCCAACCGUGGUACCCAUUGCCAGUUCGCCAGAUAUACAGACAGCUGCAAACCCUCCUGCGGGCACGCCUGUUAGUGAGGCCACUGCUUCUCCAACAACAGAAAGAGCCGCCACUCCAGCUGCCUCAUCACCACCUAAAACCACAGCUCCAUCCCCCACUGCUACCAAAACUGCACCCCCAAAGUCUGUAGUCGCAAAACCAGGAAGCAGAGAGAGCAGUGCCUCAAAAUUUAAUGGGAAGAAAGUUCCUCCUCCUAAAAAGGAGCAUUUGGCAAAGGAGCCUAGCAAAUCCAGUACACCAGCUCGAGGUCGAAGUACCUCCAGAGACCGUUCCAACAGAGAAGGAAGUGGCAGGAGCACCUCAUCACAUCAGCGGGAGAAAGAAUCCAGGGCAGAUCGCAGGCAUAUCUCUCAGCAUCCACGGGACAAGGAUCAUAAAUCAUCUACUAGGAGCAAGACUACUUCUGAGAGAAGCAUUAAGGAUCGCAAGACUAGCAGCAAAAUUCCAAAGAAAGAAGCGGAAAAGGACGUCUUUCCCUUUAACCUGGAUGAAUUUGUAACUGUGGAUGAAGUGGGUGAAGAUGAAGUGGGUGAAGAGGAAGGCACUUCUGGAAAUCAGAUUCCUGAAGGUAAAUCUAAAACCAACGUCCUACCUUCAGAAAGAACUGAGACAGAGGCAGCAAUGGACAUCAAGGAACAAGAACCGAUUACAGCAGGUGAUGCAUCAACAAAGGUGAUGGAGAAGACAGAGCUGAAAUCGAAACCUGCAACCCAGCCCGAGCCCCAGGCCAAGGCCCCUCCCCAAGCCAAAGCUGAGCCCCAGGCCAAGGCCCCUCCCCAAGCCAAAGCUGAGCCCCAGGCCAAGGCCUCUCCCCAAGCCAAGGCUGAGCCCCAGGCCAAGGCCUCUCCCCAAGCCAAGGCUGAGCCCCAGGCCAAAGCUGUUUCCCAAGCUGAACCUGAAAAUCAACUUCAGACCGAGACAACUGUAAAGGAAGAGCCUAUGGAGACAGAAUUGGAGAAAGCCCAGGUACAGCCAUCUGAUACCUCUGCACCGGCACCCAGCAAAGUCCUUCCUGUUUCAGAAUCAAAACCAGAAGCAGCCGGAACUACUGCUGGCAAGAAGGAAGCAGCACCUUCGUCGGGUGGGGACGGUGAACCUUCCUCCAAAACAACAGGACAACCCAGCAGUCUAACCCCAACCCCUGCGUCAUCUGUCAGCUCUGGAGGAGACAGCACCAAGUCUACAAGGCUGGAGCAGCGAGCAGAUGCUAAAUUGAGAAGAGAGCCAAAUUCUGAGGUGGAACCAGAAGCAAAGCGGACAAAGUUCACUGGGGCCACCAUUGCUGAAUUAAAAAUGCCAUCCUAUAAGCCCAACAACCCUAUUGGUGUUGAGUUUAUUGUUCCAAAGACCGGAUACUUCUGUCAGAUUUGUUCUUUGUUCUACACAAAUGAAGACACGGCCAAGGUGACUCACUGUGGCACUGUGUUACACUACAAGAAUAUGGAGAAAUAUGUGACACAGCGACAAGAAGAGCUCCGAAAACAGCAGGAACGCAUGGCCAAGCAGGAAAAGUGAUGAGUCACACCUGCCCAGCACUAACUUCAGUCAAAGUAUAUUUUGGGUCCAAGUGUUCCCUUUCUCUUAUUUUACUGGUUUAACUAGAUGGUUACAACAUUGUACAAAUGAUCUUUCCACAGCUGUAACGAUUAUGGAAACUGUUGUUUUUUGGUUAGUAUUGUUGUCUUGUGUUUUUACAUAAAUUGUUGUAACAAUUGGCAAUUCUGUUAUAAUUCAAUUAAACACAAUUAUGUUCUA